UCCCUCUUCCUCUCCAGAGCAGACCAUGAUAGAACCAGAACUACUGACCGAGGUCCCGGCAGCACUUAAACGGCUUGCCAAGCAGGUUGUGAGGGGUUUCUAUGGAGUUGAACACGCCUUGGCUCUUGACGUGCUCAUCCGAAAUCCCUGUGUGCGAGAAGAGGACAUGCUGGAGCUGCUCAAGUUUGAUCGUAAACAGUUGCGCUCGGUUCUAAACACCCUGAAGUCUGACAAAUUUGUGAAGUGCCGCAUGAGAGUGGAGACAGCCCCUGAUGGCAAGACAACAAGGCACAACUACUACUUCAUCAACUACAGGUUGCUGGUAAACGUGGUCAAGUAUAAAUUGGAUCACAUGCGACGGCGCAUUGAGACGGAUGAGCGGGACUCCACCAAUCGUGCCUCCUUCAGGUGCCCCUGCUGCCACUCCACCUUCACUGACCUAGAAGCCAACCAGCUGUUUGAUCCUAUGACUGGUACAUUUCGCUGCACGUUCUGCCAGACCGAGGUAGAAGAGGAUGAGUCUGUUUGUCCUGAUGCGAGGACACAAGUGGCACGCUUCAAUGAGCAGAUUGAACCCAUCUAUGCACUACUACGUGAGACCGAAGAUGUUAACUUGUCCCAUGACUUGUUGGAGCCCGAGCCUUCUGAGAUCCCUGCCCUCAAACAGAGCCGUGAACGUUCUGCGGCAUCAGCGAGUGGGCCACACCGCGAAGCCUGGUCAAACAAAGGCUCGUCAUACGCUGACAUGUACACCCAGAACGUGGUUAUCAGCAUGGAGGAGCAGCAGGAACAGCAGAAGCAGGCUAAUGAGGGCAAGGCUCCCAAAGAAAGGCCCGUCUGGUUGACUGAGAGCACUGUGCAGGGUGCUUACAGCGAGCCUGACCACCUCAAAAACAGUGGAGACAUAGUACACAAACCCAUGGAUGGAGAAGCCGGUCUUGGGAUUGGUCAGGCAGAUGAGAAUGAGGAAGUCAUGCGUGCUUUGCUCAUCCAUGAGAAAAGGGGUGCGGCAGCAGCAGGUGGAGGUGGAGCGAGCGUCGCUACCAGGGGACUCACCUCCGCCACAGGAAAUGCUAGUGACUCUGACAGUGACACCAGUGAAUCAGACGAUGGCUCUCCCUCAGCUCCUCCCACCACCACAGCUGCUCAUAGUCGGGCUGACGAGGACGACGAAGAGGACGACGGGGAGUUUGAAGAGGUGGGGGACGAGCCCAUGGUGACGGUGGGGGGCCGACCGUUCUCAUACCGAGAGGUCAGCCAGAGGCCAGAGCUAGUGGAGCAGAUGUCUGCACAAGAGAAGGAGGCCUACAUUGAAAUGGGAAGAAACCUCUUCCAGGAUAUGUACUUCUGAACACAUUUACACACAUAACAUAGAUAGUAGAUUUGAUGAAUUGGCUUUAAAUUCACUGGUAAUAUCUGAGGACAUAUUUGUACACAGUACAAAAACAAAACGUGCUUUUUUUACAGUAUACAUUAUACUUUUCAUUACAAAACCAAGGGCAUGCUUUGACAGUGUUCAAUAACUGAUCAUACCUUUUAGUAUUCUCUCAGUAUUUUUCUCUUUUUGUCAACAGACCAAAAGUAGAUGACGAGCUUCACUUUGUGUGAAAGUUGCUGUCAGUUUUAUUUUUGUUACAGCUAUAAAAGGCCAUCUGGACCAAGUGUGAACAUAUGGUUAGCUAACUUUUGUGACGUGUGGGGCAAAAUGCAUUGUUUUUUGUUUUUUUUGUAGCUACAGAGAGGAGACAAAUUCAUCAGCGAGCAGAAAACUGUUUUUUUGGCUUACAAUGUAAGCGUUCACAUUGUUAAUUUCUGAGUCUGUUUUCAGUUUAGUUCAUGGAUUAUGGAGGACUCAUAGUUAAAGAACUUUAGUCUAGAUAAGCCUACAAUUUGAGCUUGAAUUUGAGAGAAAGUUUGGCUGAGUGACAUAAAGAUGUAAAAAAAAAAAAGAUGUGGAAAAUAAAUUGUUCAGACAUUUAAAAUAAAGAUUGAAGAUCAUCAAAGAAAAUAUUCAGAAAUAAAGAUGUUUAAAAGUGGAAAAUGUGUUUGAAAUCUUUAAAAGAAAAGAAGAAGAUGCACUUAAACAUUUUUUAGUUUGAUGGGAGAGGGAGCUGUUUCCCCGCCUGCUUUUUAUUCUUUUACCAAUCACAUCUAUGCUAGAUAUUUGAUAAUGUGAUGGUUUUACAGAUCCAUUCAUAAACUCCCAAAUGACUUGGAGUCAUCUGUGCCAUCAUGAUAACUUCAGACAUGAGUGGGAGAAGGAAAUAGUGCUGCUAAUGUCGUCUCCAAGCAACAGUAAAAUAUCUAGCCCUUAAGCAAACCUUACCUGGCAUACAACUGUUGACUUUAAACACCUCAAAUACUAGCAUUAUUUUUUUUAAUUGAUUUCCUGAUGAGGGCAGAGUGUAUGUGUCACCUCUAUGAAUACUUGAGCAGUCACCACCACCAGCUGCAGACUGUGUCUCUUUUACUCAAACUGUGUGUGGCUGUUAGUGCUAGUGUUUAUUUGAAUGAGAUGCUUUUUGCAAUGAAGACAAUUUGCCUUUAGAGUGGUCAAUUUCCCCCCAAAUGACUGCAUAACGGCUGAGCCACUCAGACACACAGAAGCAGUUUACUCUCUAGUGCUGUUAGGGCUGCAUUAAAACCUUUGUGUGUGUUUUUGAAUUAGACGGUCUCUAGUUGACUGAUUUGCACAAGUUCAGUGGGUGUAAACGCCAAACAAUCCUUUUGUGAAUCAGGACCUAGGCUUUUAGAAAGCAAAAUGUUUGGCUGCAGAGGAGCUGACAGACACUCUAUUCAAACAUUAAUGUGGAUCACUUGUGCCGUUUGACAAAUAGCAUAAAAACUGUAUUUAA